AGUUGAGAGUUCCUCUUCAGCGCUGUGGUAAUUGGUAUGAAUGUAAGACUUUUUUUCUCUCAUUUUUGCAGCUUGGAAUCGCUGGAAUCGAAAUGGUUUGACGGAAAUUUCUCACGCGUACACUGAAGAUUAACUCGAAAUGUGCUCGCGGUCUAAGACUUUAGCUCUCGAAGUCAGAGCUUCAUAGCUCCGUUUACACGAUCACCACGUCUGCAUUUCACCAGACACACGUGAUUCUGGAGAAUGCAAGGAUUCGAGGAGUUGUGACAUUACUUUCUGUACGGCACAAUGGUGCUGACAGAGAACAUAAGGCUUGACUUACGAAGUCUGAAUGUAUUGAAGCUCCAAGCAAAGGCCUGAAGAGCUCCUGGCUGGGGAAAAAAAAAAUUGCCCGUCCCUUCCCUCCCCCAAAAAAACCUUUACAUAAGGUGCCUUUCAGCAUUCUUUCACCCUGAACCUUUCUGGAAAGCAUUUUCCCCGUCUUUCCAAGAACCCUCUCGAACCCCCCACUUCUUUCUGCUAAAUUUUGCCCAUUUUGUGGCCUCUUUUUUUUUUUUUUUUUUUUUUUAACCAUAUUCUCCCCUAACAAUAAGUCAUGAGAAAAAAAACGUGCAACGUUCUUCUGGUCUGUGGGGUCAUUAGCUCCAUCACAGUAUUUUAUCUUGGCCUCAGCCCAAUAGAAUGUCCAACUGCUCAUUCUCGGGCGGCACAGCAUGGUUGGGCGGUAAAUCUACAAACUGGCCAAAACCUAAGCAACCUGUUACAACUCCCUGAGGAGUACAAUGAAGAAACCCCUCUCAUUUUCAUUGGCGGAAUCCCUCGUAGCGGCACCACACUGAUGCGGGCUAUGUUAGACGCCCACCCCCUUGUUCGGUGUGGAGAAGAGACCCGCGUCAUCCCCCGGCUGUUAGCCAUGCAGGCCUCAUGGAGUAACUCCAAACAUGAACGUGUCCGUCUGGACGAGGCAGGCGUCACUCAGGAGGUCCUUGAUUCAGCUGUACGUGCCUUCCUGUUGGAGAUCAUAGUGGGGCACGGCGAGCCCGCUCCGAGGCUCUGCAAUAAGGACCCUUUUGCUCUCAAGUCCCUCAACUACCUCUCCAAGCUCUUCCCAAAAGCGAAAUUUAUUCUUAUGCUCCGCGAUGGCAGGGCCACCAUACAUUCUAUGAUUUCCCGCAAGGUGACUAUUACCGGAUUCGACUUGACAAGUUACCGGGACUGUUUGGUGAAGUGGAACCGGGCGGUGGAGAUUAUGUAUGACCAAUGCCUGGCUGCAGCGGAUGGCAGCUGUCUACCCGUGCAUUACGAGCAGCUGGUCCUGCACCCUGAGCGGGUGAUGCACAAGCUCCUUCAGUUCCUGGAUCUGCCAUGGGACACUGCCGUGCUGCACCACGAACAGCUUAUUGGGAAAGCUGGUGGCGUUUCACUGUCAAAGGUGGAACUGUCAACGGAUCAAGUCAUCAAGCCAGUGAAUACAGAGGCUCUGUCUAAAUGGGUGGGCAAGAUCCCUGCUGAUGUGGUGAAUGAUAUGGCCAGCCUUGCCCCGAUGUUAAGUCGCUUAGGUUAUGACCCUCUAGCCAACCCACCAAACUACAACAAGCAUGAUCUCUUAUUUCUGAAGAACACAAAAAUAGUGAGGGCAGUCCUAAACUGAAAGGUCCUCUCAACUUGUGAAUAUUUUGAAGCAAUAAACAGUGUGCAUUUUAUGAGCCUUUACUUGAAUUAACAAUUUAUAGUAUUGACAAAACUUAGCCACUUUAAUCAGCAGUUUUGUAGGAAAAGAAAAGCUUAUAUAGGAUCAUUGUUGCUUGUGGCAACAGUUUCAGUGAUAUUAGGCAUUCUAAAACCUAAUUUUAAUAUUGUAUAGUAAAGUCUUUUUUUUCAGUUAAAUUGAUUUAAAUGUUUUGUUAUUUGUAUGCUUUGUAUUGCUAAUAAUUUCAGUCUACUGACUGUAUGCAUGAUUGCUGUGGUAGAUGUGUCAUAAUGAGUGGUUGUUUUUACACAGGAAACUGUUGAAAAAUUAAGUUAACAGUUGCACAGAAUUACCACUUUUUAGUUUGUUCAUCCUGACUGCUAGAGUAUGAAUGAAGUUUUGACAUGUUUUAUAAAAGUUAAAGACAAUCUAAUUUCAUUGUAGGCCUUUUAUUGUGAAUUUAUGAAUUACAUACUUGAGAAAAUGUGGUCCAUAUGAUGGACUUUGGACAUAGUCUUUGCUGUGGAUGAACUCUCAGUCCUCGACAUUCCUUCACAGUGAAAGUCCAGUAACGUUGGACCGGUCUGUCUCACUUGCAUGAGAUUUCAAAGCGUAUUGUAACAUAUACUUUUUUGUUACAGAAGAACAAGAACCAUAUAUUUAUUAAAUGUUGGUUAUUUCUAAAGAAACCCUUUGUGUGCAUAAAUGUGUGAGAUAUGCUCAGAUGUUGUAAUUAAAACAAAUUGAUAGGACUUUAAUUAAAAUAAA